AGGAAGAACGUGCUGGCACGGUCAGAUAAUAAUCGAAAAAGAUGGAGACCAAAAAUGAGUUGUACAGUUUCCAAAUCAGUUUCACCUCAUCUCCCAUCAUUUUCACCUUUUCCAUAAACACAAAUCUCCCUUAAUGGCUGAGCUCAAAGAAACCUACGCUUGUAUCCCUUCAACAGAACGUGGUCGUGGUAUUCUCAUUUCGGGUGACCCGAAAUCCAAUUCCAUCCUUUACACUAACGGUCGAUCCGUUAUUAUCCGUUAUCUGGAUCGCCCGCUACAAGUAGCUGUUUACGGUGAACAUGCUUAUCAAGCUACCGUUGCACGUUACUCUCCUAACGGUGAAUGGAUCGCUUCUGCUGACGUGUCGGGUACGGUUCGGAUCUGGGGGACCCAUAAUGAUUUUGUUCUUAAGAAGGAGUUUCGGGUAUUAUCGGGUCGGAUCGAUGAUCUUCAAUGGUCACCUGAUGGAAUGCGUAUUGUUGCUUCUGGUGAUGGAAAAGGCAAAUCACUUGUUCGUGCUUUCAUGUGGGACUCGGGAACGAAUGUGGGUGAAUUUGAUGGCCAUUCAAGGAGAGUUUUGAGUUGUGCAUUUAAGCCCACAAGACCAUUUCGCAUAGCCACGUGCGGAGAAGACUUUUUGGUGAACUUUUAUGAAGGACCCCCAUUUAAAUUCAAGCUGUCUCACAGGGAGCAUUCAAAUUUUGUUAAUUGUUUGAGGUUCUCUCCAGACGGAAGCAAACUUAUCAGUGUAAGCUCUGACAAGAAGGGCAUUAUCUAUGAUGCCAAAACUGGAGAUAUAAUUGGAGAGCUGUCAUCUGAGGAUGGUCAUCAAGGAAGUAUAUAUGCCGUUAGUUGGAGUCCUGAUAGUAAACAGGUGCUCACAGUCUCUGCUGACAAGUCAGCAAAAGUAUGGGACAUAUCUGAUGAUGGAAAAGGGAAAGUGAAGAAAACACUGGCUUCUCCUGGUUCAGGUGGAGUUGAGGACAUGCUAGUUGGCUGUCUCUGGCAAAAUGACCAUCUUGUUACUGUUUCUCUUGGGGGAACUAUUUCCAUAUUCUCAGCUAGUGAUCUGGAAAAAUCUCCCGUGUCAUUUUCUGGACACAUGAAAAAUGUUAAUUCCUUAGCUGUCCUCAGACGUGACCCGAAAAUCAUACUGUCUAGCAGUUAUGAUGGUUUGAUUGUUAAAUGGAUUCAAGGCAUUGGGUAUAGCGGAAAAUUAGAGAGAAAGGUGAAUUCUCAAAUCAAAUGCUUUGCAGUUGUGGACGAAGAAAUUGUGUCAUGUGCAUUUGACAAUAAGAUCUGGAGAGUAUCUCUGCUUGGAGAUCAAUGCGGGGAUGCAAAUUCUAUAGAUGUCGGCAACCAACCUAAGGACUUAAGCCUUGCCCUUAAUUCUCCUGAAGUGACUUUAGUUUCUUUUGAAACUGGAAUCAUUCUUCUCCGUGGUACAAAAGUGCUGUCAACCAUAAACCUCGGAUUUACUGUGACAGCAUCUGCUAUUUCACCUGAUGGAACUGAAGCUAUAGUGGGUGGUCAGGAUGGUAAACUGCAUUUGUAUUCGAUCACGGGUGAUACUCUCAGUGAAGAGGUUGUCCUUGAAAAACACAGGGGAGCUAUUACUGUCAUUCAGUACUCUCCAGAUGUUUCCAUGAUUGCAUCAGCAGAUGCGAAUCGAGAAGCUGUCGUCUGGGAUCGUGCAUCUCGCGAGGUGAAGCUUAAGAAUAUGUUAUACCAUACUGCCCGAAUAAAUUGCUUGGCUUGGUCACCUGAUAACACCAUGGUAGCUACUGGAUCCCUAGACACGUGUGUUAUCAUAUAUGACAUCAGCAAGCCAGCGUCGAACCGAAUCACGAUUAAGGGAGCUCAUUUGGGUGGAGUAUAUGGAAUAGCUUUUACUGAUGAACACAGUAUAGUGAGUUCUGGCGAGGAUGCUUGUGUUCGUGUAUGGGGAAUCACUCCACAGUAAUUGAGAUGUCGUGAGUAGACAGGUGUUGAUUUUAAGCAAUUGAGUUGUUCAUAUUUGCACAUUAGGUUAUUGUGAGUCGACUGGAAAUGCAGUUUGAGCAUUGAAAUGUUGGUUGCCCUCAACUGCGGACAGCUCUAUGAAUGGUGCCACUAGUUGUAAUCAUGGAAAUAAGGAGCCACCAAGUUAAGAGUUUUUCCGACGGAAUCAUCAUAUAUCCAAAAAGGUACUCUUAUUUUCUCAAGAUGAAAAAAAAGUCAAAUAGUUCAAGUUGGAUUGAUGUCGACCGUGGAAAGCAUCACAUUAUGUGGAGUUGUGAUUCUAGUUUUGUCCUGGUGCAUCACAAGACCCUUGGCAGCAAUUAUGAUUAAAUUAUUUUGUUUCUGAUUUUGCUUCUUACAUUUGUAUGUAUGCAUUGAUUUUAUAUAAUUUGUCAUUCCAAUUAUAGGUUUUCGGUUAAAGUUCCAAGCUUCAGUGUUACGAUGAUGCAAGUGUGAUCCUUAUUGCUCAGGAUUUUCGGUAGGGAUUUGCAGUUUUUUGGUCUUAUUUGUAAGUUGUGACGUCUUUUCGGUUGUGUUGCCCUUUGAUUAUGCUACUUUUUUCACGAGAA